UAUCUGCUGUUGAUGAAAGGUUUAAUACCUUGCAAGUACACCAUGAACAGUUUGGAUUUUUGUAUGACAUAACUAAAUUCAACGAAAUAGGAAAACAAGAGCAACUAAUGACAAAGUGCAAGAACCUAGAGAGCCUUCUGAAGCACGGUGAUAGUUUUGAUUUAAAUGGACUUGAACUGUACGAAGAAUUGAGUACACUGUCAUCAAUGUUGCCACAUGCAAAAUCGGUGAUGGACAUUGUACAGUUUAUUCAUACCUGCAAACUUGUUGACAUAUAUCCUAAUGUGUACAUUGCCACUCGUAUUCUACUGACAAUUCCUGUAACAAUAGCAUCAGGAGAACGGAGUUUCUCAAAACUAAAGCUCAUUAAAAACUAUCUCCGCUCUACAAUGAGUCAGGAACGCUUAACUGGUCUUGCUAUUCUUGCAAUCGAACAAGACACGACUUUGUCUUUGUCAUACGAUGACAUUAUUACUGAUUUUGCAGCCAAAAAAGCCAGAAAGAUUGCUUUUAAUUAAAAACAAAUCUUUGUUUCAA